UGAUUUCGGUAGUUUUUUUUUUAAUAAUUUCUCCCUUGGUCACCGCUGUCUUCCAUUGGUUUUUUUCAAAAAAAAUCACAAGAAACCAUGAGUUACGUCGCUAAGGGUAAAGAUGAAUUUGUUGACGAAGCACCUAAAGUGCAUCGCAUCCGUAUUACUUUAACUUCUCGUAAUGUUAAAGCUCUCGAAAAAGUUUGUUCGGAUCUAAUUGGAAGAGCAAAAGAAAAACAAUUGAGGGUUAAAGGACCUGUACGUCUUCCUACUAAAGUUUUGAGAAUUACUACUCGCAAAUCACCUUGUGGUGAAGGUAGUAAAACUUGGGAUAGAUAUGAAAUGAGAAUUCAUAAACGUUUGAUUGAUUUACAUUCUCCCAGCGAGAUUGUGAAGCAGAUCACCUCCAUCUCAAUUGAACCUGGUGUUGAAGUUGAAGUUACUAUCGCUUCUUAAACUAUAAAUAUGAUUAUUAAUCUUGAUUAUAUCAAAGAAUGAUAUAGUUGAAAAUUGAAUAAAAUAGAGCAACCUUAUUUGCUUUUUUAUUGAUUAUACAUAGCAUAUUGUUUAUUUAUUGAUAAAUCUGUAAAGAGUUGAUUAAAUGCAUUUAUGAUUAAUAGGAAUCAAUUUCAUGUAAUUUGAAAAUUAAAGAAACGCAUUUUAAUUGAAUUAUCUGACAAGCCAGUCACUUAUGACGAUUUUUAUUUCAUUCGCACUAUUUCCACCACGUUGAUUCUUUG